CCAUUUAUUAUGAGCCGUCCUACCCGCAGCAGUCUUCUGUGGUGUACAAUGUCCUGGUUCUUCCAUGUCAAUCAAGGCUCAAACCAACAGCCCCCUGUCAUGAUGCCCCCAGCUGCUGGUGCCCUGUCUAGCAACACACUGGAUACAGCUAACACUGCUGGGCAGGGUUGGCUCUGCACACAGUCCAGUUCGUCUUCACCCAGCCUGGCAGACUUUCCGUCAGUACCACAGGGUUUAGUGCCUCCCAGCUUGGAGAACCUAUCUUGUACCUCUCUGAAGUCAGCGGCAGGCAGAGAGCCCCUACCACUCUCCUACGUAACUCUUCAGGAGCAGCGUUGUGUAUUGAGCUGGUUCUUGAGCUGGAGCACUGCCCAGAGGGAAAGGUUUCUGCAGGACCUGUUGGGGAAAGCUGUGCCAGGGAAAGUGUGCACCCUUCUCGAGUCGCUCAAUACGCUACAGGUUAAGGACAGCCCACCAAAUAUCUUUGAGUGCCAACUGCGCCUCUGGACCCAAUGGUUUGAGUCAUGGAGUGAGGAGGAGAGGAACAGUUUCCUGCACAUUCUAGAAGAGAGGGACCCAAUCUUUGUUGCCGACUUCUACAGAGGUGUAGCUGGGACAGCAGGCAGGGAUUGAGGGAUACAGGAGAAGAGGGUGUAGAAUGGAUAGGCAAUGCGUGGGUGGAAGCCAGGAACAAGUUAGGUUGGAGUGGUACAUAGGGAAGCAUAUGUGUGGAGACAGUGAAGAACAGGCCUGUGGUUAAGAGCAUUGGGCCAGUAACUGACAGGUUGCUGGUUCGAAUCCCUGAGCCAACUAGGUUAAAAAUGUUGAU